ACUGCACACUUCCCCCUCUUCUUCUAACAGACAUUUUUGCAAUUCCAAUUGACGGGAAACGGCUUACUUGCUGACGGUCCGUGGCAUCGGAAAACUGACCUCGAUAUAUUCUAAACAAAACAGGAUUUGCUUUUGUAUUGACUCGAUAUCGAUACCAAGAUGUUUUACACAUGUGGACCCAAUGAAGCCAUGGUGGUGUCCGGCUUUGGCCGUUCUCCUCCUUUAAUGAUUGCUGGAGGAAGAGUGUUCGUCCUCCCAUGUAUUCAGAAGAUCCAGAGGAUUGCACUGAACACUCUGACUCUUAAUGUGAAGAGUGACAAAGUCUACACCCGUCAUGGGGUCCCUAUCUCUGUCACUGGCAUUGCACAGGUGAAGAUCCAGGGCCAGAACAAGGAGAUGUUGGCCACCGCCUGCCAAAUGUUUAUGGGCAAGUCUGAGGCGGAGAUUUCCACCAUUGCACUAGAAACCCUGGAGGGACACCAGAGAGCCAUCAUCGCCCAUCUGACUGUGGAGGAGAUCUACCAGGACCGCAAGAAGUUCUCCGAGCAGGUCUUCAAGGUGGCCUCCUCUGACCUGGUCAACAUGGGGAUUGGAGUCGUCAGCUACACGCUCAAAGACGUUCACGACGAUCAGGACUACCUUCACUCUCUGGGUAAAGCCAGGACAGCGCAGGUUCAGAAGGAUGCCAGGAUCGGAGAGGCUCAGUACAAACGAGAUUCUGUCAUGAGGGAGGCCCACGCCAUGCAGGAGAAGGUCUCCGCUCAGUACAAGAACGAGAUUGAGAUGGCGAAAGCCCAGAGAGACUACGAGCUAAAAAAGGCAGCCUACGAUGUGGAGGUCAACACCAAGAAGGCCGAGUCAGAGAUGGCCUAUCAGCUCCAGGUGGCCAAGACCAAGCAGCGCAUUGAGGAGGAGACGAUGCAGAUUCAGGUGGUGGAGAGGACGCAGCAAAUCACUCUGCAGGAGCAGGAGAUCACCCGCAAGGAGAAGGAGCUGGAGGCCAAGGUGAAGAAGCCCGCAGAAGCAGAGAAAUACCGACUGGAGAGGCUGGCCGAGGCAAACCGUCUGCAGCUCAUCAUGGAGGCUGAGGCCGAGGCAGAGUCCAUCAAAAUGAAGGGAGAGGCCGAGGCUUUCGCCGUGGAAGCUAAGGGCCGCGCCGAGGCCGAGCAGAUGACCAAGAAAGCAGAGGCCUUCCAGCAGUACAAAGACGGAGCCAUGGUGGACAUGCUGCUGGAGAAACUGCCCCUGAUUGCAGAGGCCAUCAGUAAGCCCCUGUCGGAGGCUCAGAAGAUCACGAUGGUGUCCAGCGGUAACGGAGAGGUGGGAGCGGCCAAACUGACCGGAGAGGUUCUGGAUAUCAUGACCAGGUUGCCGCUAGCCGUGGAGAAACUCACCGGAGUCCGCAUCUCUCAGGUUGGAUCAGCUGUGUAUUAAGAAGAGAAGGAAUGGGAGUAAUCAGAAGAGAUGUCAUCAAAUAUCCAGACUAGGAGCUCCACGUCUCCUCCUCGUGCCUAUAACCACUGUACCGGCUCUGCAGCGCUGUCGUCUCGUUCCAUCGUCUGUGUGUGUGCAUGUUUCACUUCUGUGUCCUGUUUCCAGUUCCUCUUCCAUCCAAACAGGAUCUUUUUAAUGUGAUUGUUCUUUCCAUGACCCUGGUCUGAGCUGCUUUCUGCUGUGGGUGACGGCAAAAGCAGUUGCAAGGGGAUGCGAUUUAAAAAAAAAGUUUUAAUUUUUUACCUGGAGAGAAAAGCCUCCCAGUUGGAAUUCCUAUCUGUGUUGUUUUAUACUUGGCCAUGCAAGUUUUUAUUUUUAAUCCAAACGGCAACUAGCCGAAUUAUAUAUAGGUCAAUCGUUUUUUAAUAUAGAAGAUAUUUAUGGCUGUAGCUUGUUUGUGCCUUUCAAUUAAGUAAAUGGUGCCGAGCUCUUUAUCACCUCAUAGUUGAGUGUUUGGGUAUAUUGUUGCGGUGGUUAGAAAUAAUUGACCCAUCACUCAUCCGCGCUUUGUCCGCUAAAGAGACAAAGUUGUCGAUAGUUUACUACACGUCUCUUCAUCGUGCUCAAAAUCAUAUCAGUGGAAUAAUGUUCUUGUGUUUCAGAAUGAAGGGGAAGGAAGUGGUUGAUGGUAACGAGCUAAAGGGGUUUCCCGGAAAGUAUGUUGUGGUGGGAAAACAUUGUGUGCUGCAGUGUGUUCUGGAGAGAGCUCAUCACUAACGGCCUGUUGCUUUAUGUGCGUGCUGCCUAGAGUUUGAGCUGUUGAGUAUGUUGAUUUUGAGUAGUGAUUUUCCAUUGCAAAGCGAUGCUGUGUAGGAUAGAUCUUGACAAACUUUGGCUCUUGCAUGUUGAAAGGUGUUUGUUAGCGCCGCUGAUCUGGAGCUUCGUCUCUUAACAGUCCAUUUUUAUUUCCAGCUGCCAUGCCAUAUGCAUUUUGUUACCGCCAAGUGCCUGUUCCUAACUCAACAGUCUUAACUUUAUUAAGUUAAAUUCCACUUCUCUGUCAGGGAAUCUUUUCUCACAUCGAUCUGAUCCCAAGCCAUUGGCCGCCACUAGCGAGGGCUGCAGAUUAAAGCCAAAUCAGACUCUACUUCUAUUGUAUGUUCUUGUGACUAAUCUUCUACUUUCCUAACUUGUUGAUGCAUGUCUCUACUUUAUGUUGACACAAGUAGUUACUAUAUAGCUUUGAAGUUGUAUACAAGUUAAAUAUUUGAGAUUUAUCUGUAGUGAAAUGUUUAAAGUUUAUGUAGACAAUAAAGUAUGGUUUAAUCACUGAA